GAGACAAUGAGUUGCGCCUUGUUCAAUUGAAUUUCUUCUUUUCUUUUCAUUUCAUUUCACUUCAUUCCAUCAUUCUUCAUUGCAUAUUUGGAUAUACUUCAACCUUAAUUUUUGCACCUCUUUAAACAAGCACAUAGAACAAUUGCUAUUGUUGUUAUAUCGAUGCAAUGCCAGGCAUUCAUUCAUUCUCUCCCUACAGAGAUCUUAGCAGCCAUCUUCGGAUAUGAAGGCCUUGCCGAUAUCACACGCCAGGUAUGCAAACGUUGGCGCGCGAUUGCUUUGCCUAUCUGGCUAAAACGACUGGUUCUCCUUCCAAGUGACCCUUUCAAGGAUUUAGGGAUUUUUCAAUACCUGCAACAUCUAAGUCUGGAUCUUCGUCUUUCAGUCCGUGCCCUCGAAAUCACCUCACGACGAGAUUUUGAUCUGGCAAACAACAGUGUCUUCUAUACCGAAGUUGCAGAUCAGGCAUGUGUUCAAAACGCGAUCAAGACUCAAUCGCUCCUAGGACCCAGGAUCAUGGAUCUCACUUUGACAGACACAGGAUGGGCCCCUGAAAGCCUCAGGGACAUUCUACGCAUGAACCUCAUGACGACUGAUCAUCUCCAUCAUUUCCAAAUCUCACUUUUUAAAACCGAGUCUCAUGAUAUGCCGGACCUAAUGGAUUCAAUAGUUGACCUCUACCGACGUGACGCAUGCCAUAUCAAGUCACUUGUCUUGGAUCUUGCCCAGCCUUUGACUAUGGACCAUUGGGAAGCUAUCGCAGAAUGUAUAGAGUUACAGUCCUUCCACCUUGGGCUCCAUCGGAUAUCUGAACCAAUCUUAACUGAUGUUCUAGAGAGGAUCUUCCCUAAAUGGACGAAUCUUUGUGCCUUGUACAUAUGUCAGCCACGGUUUCUCUCUGCAGAAACACUUCGUUGUUUAUACAAGUAUUUACCGCAUCCUGACCAACUACAUGAGCUUCAUUUAAUUUUUGAGGCAUGCCAGGCAUCCUUAUAUGAACAGGAAUUCAUCGAGAUGAUCCAUACAAUGCCUAAUCUCCAGAUCUUGGAAGCCCAUCUGGAUUGGUCAAACCUGAUGAUGAAACAUGUGGCUGUGACACUAUCAGAUCUUCGGGAGCUGUCCAUAACUUGCUCGAAUCUACACUUUACCUGUGCAGGGAUUUCAUCGACUGUUUGGGGCCCUGGACUCGAAAAACUGAAUAUGAGGACGUCAGGAAAGAUUUGUGGGGGAUUUUUAGAAGCCGUGCGGAAAAGGUCGAGACGCGUCAAGAUUCUAGUUUAUGGAUCAAUGAAAUGGGGAGGCUCGGUGGAUGAAUGGGAGUGAAAGUUGAAUAGUAAUGAUAAAUUUUAUAAAUAGCUAUAUUAGAUGAAUGCAAUACUCGGUUGAUUCAGUGCCCAUGACUCCAUCAAUUAUGUAGAUUGGAUAGACUAGCAGUAACAUUGGCUCAAAUUGUUAUGGCAGCCUUGAUCUGCAAAC